UUGUAACUCACUUUUCUAUUUUUACUUUUCUUAACCGGAAGAUCUUUUCAUUAUCCCACCUCUUCAUCUUGCUUUUAACCUGAUUUCCUAUUAUAUAAUUUAUGCUUAAAUCUCACAAGGGUUGGUCGGUGCGGGGUUGGGAUGUCCUUUUGUAGAUGAAAGUUUAAGACUUCUUACUUAACUGGUUUCAAUCUAUUUGUAUUGUUUCAAAAUAAGGGUAAUUGCAACCAAAUAUCCCUCUUUAGCCUCUUGAUCAAGUCGAUUCCUCCCCCAUAUAUAAUUCGAAUUACAAUUUUAUUAAACUGAAAACUAGUACCUGACUUGCAGCGUCAACAUUGGAAACUGCUUAUCGGCAAAUCGACUGUAUGAAGGCGUGUAACUUCAUUCCCUGCCAUUUUUGUGGGUUCCAGCAAUUUAAAAAAUUGGUGCUGAACCAUUAAGAGCCCAGCUGCUUCAGUACGCAGUCUUAAAGAUUUUAGGUGAUGGGCAGAUCAGAAAGUCAGAUGGAUAUAACUGAUAUCAACACUCCAAAGCCAAAGAAGAAACAGCGAUGGACUCCGCUGGAGAUCAGCCUCUCGGUCCUUGUCCUGCUCCUCACCAUCAUAGCUGUGACAAUGAUCGCGCUCUAUGCAACCUACGAUGAUGGUAUUUGCAAGUCAUCGGACUGCAUAAAAUCAGCUGCUCGACUGAUCCAAAACAUGGAUGCCACCGCUGAGCCUUGUGCAGACUUUUUCAAAUAUGCCUGCGGAGGCUGGUUGAAACGCAAUGUCAUUCCUGAGACCAGCUCCCGUUACGGCAACUUUGACAUUUUAAGAGAUGAACUAGAAGUCGUUUUGAAAGAUGUCCUUCAAGAACCCAAAACUGAAGAUAUAGUAGCAGUGCAGAAAGCAAAAACAUUGUACAGGUCUUGUAUAAAUGAAUCUGCUAUUGAUAGCAGAGGUGGAGAACCUCUUCUGAAACUGUUACCAGAUAUAUAUGGGUGGCCAGUAGCAACAGAAAACUGGGAGCAAAAAUAUGGUGCUUCUUGGACAGCUGAAAAAGCUAUUGCACAACUGAAUUCUAAAUAUGGGAAAAAAGUCCUUAUUAAUUUGUUUGUUGGCACUGAUGAUAAGAAUUCUGUGAAUCAUGUAAUUCAUAUUGACCAACCUCGACUUGGCCUCCCUUCUAGAGAUUACUAUGAAUGCACUGGAAUCUAUAAAGAGGCUUGUACAGCAUAUGUGGAUUUUAUGAUUUCUGUGGCCAGAUUGAUUCGUCAGGAAGAAAGAUUGCCCAUCGAUGAAAACCAGCUUGCUUUGGAAAUGAAUAAAGUUAUGGAAUUGGAAAAAGAAAUUGCCAAUGCUACGGCUAAACCUGAAGAUCGAAAUGAUCCGAUGCUUCUUUAUAACAAGAUGACAUUGGCCCAGCUCCAAAGUAACUUUUCAUUAGAGAUCAAUGGGAAGCCAUUCAGCUGGUUAAAUUUCACAAAUGAAAUCAUGUCAACUGUGAAUAUUAGUAUUACAAAUGAGGAAGAUGUGGUUGUUUAUGCUCCAGAAUAUUUAACCAAACUUAAGCCCAUUCUUACCAAAUAUUCUGCCAGAGAUCUUCAAAAUUUAAUGUCCUGGAGAUUCAUAAUGGAUCUUGUAAGCAGCCUCAGCCGAACCUACAAGGAGUCCAGAAAUGCUUUCCGCAAGGCCCUUUAUGGUACAACCUCAGAAACAGCAACUUGGAGACGUUGUGCAAACUAUGUCAAUGGGAAUAUGGAAAAUGCUGUGGGGAGGCUUUAUGUGGAAGCAGCAUUUGCUGGAGAGAGUAAACACGUGGUUGAGGAUUUGAUUGCACAGAUCCGAGAAGUUUUUAUUCAGACUUUAGAUGAUCUCACUUGGAUGGAUGCUGAGACCAAAAAGAGAGCUGAAGAAAAGGCCUUAGCAAUUAAAGAAAGGAUCGGCUAUCCUGAUGACAUUGUUUCAAAUGAUAACAAACUGAAUAAUGAGUACCUCGAGUUGAACUACAAAGAAGAUGAAUACUUCGAGAACAUAAUUCAAAAUCUGAAAUUCAGCCAAAGUAAACAACUAAAGAAGCUCCGGGAAAAGGUGGACAAAGACGAGUGGAUAAGUGGAGCAGCUGUAGUCAAUGCAUUUUACUCUUCAGGAAGAAAUCAGAUAGUCUUCCCAGCUGGCAUUCUGCAGCCCCCCUUCUUUAGUGCCCAGCAGUCCAACUCAUUGAACUAUGGGGGCAUCGGCAUGGUCAUAGGACACGAAAUCACCCAUGGCUUUGAUGACAAUGGCAGAAACUUUAACAAAGAUGGAGACCUCGUUGACUGGUGGACUCAACAGUCUGCAAGUAACUUUAAGGAGCAAUCCCAGUGCAUGGUGUAUCAGUAUGGAAACUUUUCCUGGGACCUGGCAGGUGGACAGCACCUCAAUGGAAUUAAUACACUGGGAGAAAACAUUGCUGAUAAUGGAGGUAUUGGUCAAGCAUACAGAGCCUAUCAGAAUUAUGUUAAAAAGAAUGGUGAAGAAAAAUUACUUCCUGGACUUGACCUAAAUCACAAACAACUAUUCUUCUUGAACUUUGCACAGGUGUGGUGUGGAACCUAUAGGCCAGAGUAUGCAGUCAACUCCAUUAAAACAGAUGUGCACAGUCCAGGCAAUUUCAGGAUUAUUGGGACUUUGCAGAACUCUGCAGAGUUUUCAGAAGCCUUUCACUGCCGCAAGAAUUCCUACAUGAAUCCAGAAAAGAAAUGCCGGGUUUGGUGAUCUUCAAAAGAAGCAGUGCAGCCCUCGGCUAGACUUGCCAACACCACAGAAAUGGAGAACUCUCUAACUGAGAGCAAAUGGGCCCUAGGGGUCACUGUACUGACUCGGGGUGAUUAACAGAGAGGGGAGCAUCACAAUACAAAUCACAUUAGGUUGUUCUAGAAAGGGUGUGGAGGGAGGAAGAGGGUCUGAGGUCUGUCAAGUCAAUCACUUCUCACUGUGUAAAUAAUGCUUAAUUUCUAAAGAUAAUAUUACUGUUUAUUUCUGUUUCUCAUAUGGUCUACCAAUUUGCUGAUGUCCCUAGAAAACAAUGCAGAACCUUUGAGGUAGACCAGGAUUUCGAAUCCAAAGGGAAAAGAAGAUGUGGAAGAAUACAGUUAGGCACCAGAAGAACAGUAGGUGACACUAUAGUUUCAAGCACAUUGCCUAACUACUAGUUUUUACUUUUAUUUGCAACAUUUACAGUCCUUCAAAACCCUUCCAAAGAAUUCUUAUACACAUUGGGGCCUUGGAGCUUAUACAGUUUUAAACUCAUUUUUGCCAUACGUCAGUUAUUCAUUCUGUGAUCAUUUAUUUGAAGCACUCUUAGAGCAAAAAAUGAAUGUCUAAAAUUGUUUUUUGUUGUACCUGCUUUGACUGAUACUGAGAUUCUUAAGGCUUCCUGCAAUUUUCUAAGCAAUUUCUUGCUCUAUCUCUCAAAACUUGGUAUUUUUAAGAGAUUUAUAUAAAUGUAAAAAUAAUAAUUUUUAUAUUUAAUUAUUAACUACAUUUAUGAGUAACUAUUAUUACAGGUGAUCAAUGAAUAUUGAAGUUUCAGCUUAAAAUAAAUAGUUGUGAACCAGGAUCUGUAAAGUGAUAUGCAGAUGAAAAUUUGAGACUAUUUAAACUUAUAAAUCAUAUUGAUGAAAAGCUUGAAGCACAGACUUUAGGGUAAAAAUUGCCAUUGGACAGUUGUCUAGAGAUAUAUAUACUUGUGGUUUUCAAAUUGGACUUUCAAAACUAAAUCUGUCCCUUAGAGUAUGUCUGAUAAAAGGGCAAAUCUGCAUCUAUGUAGCUCUGCGUCUCCUGUCUUUUCAGGUUUGUCAUCAGAUGGAAAUAUUUUGAUAAUAAAUUGAAAUUGUGAACUCAUUACUCCCUAAGACUUUGUGACAGCUGUCUAACUUUAGAAGUGCAUUUCUGAAUUCUAGAAGUGACCUUCUAGAAUUCUAAGUCACGAAGAGUUCUGGAAAAGAACUGUUUAGUGUUUGAUAGGAAUUCAUCUUUUGAGGCUUCUAUUCCUCUCUUUUGCUGUUCUAUUGACUAUUUUAGUUUAUUACCAGAUUAAGAUUUUACAAAAGAGGUGCACUUCCAAAAUUCUUACUUUUCCUAACAAAAGAUGAAAGCAGGGCUUUUCUAUCUAAAUAAUGAGUAUUAGUUCCCUGCCUCUUGAAAAAUGCCCAUUUGCCUUUAAAAAAAAGUUACAGAAAUACUAUGACAUAGGUGUGUAAAUUGCAUAAAGCAUAAGUAUACAGUUCAAUAAACUUAACUUUAACUAAACAAUGACCCUGUAGCCAGCACCUGUAAGAAACCGAGCAGUACUAGCACUCUAGAAGCACCUCCUUGUCACUUUAUUUCUCCCAGAACGAUAACUAUCCUGACUUCUAAUAUUCACUAGCUUUGCCUGGUUUUGUCUUUUAUACAGAUAGAAUCAAUCAGUAUGUAUUCUUUCGUGCCUGGCUUCUUUCUCUCAGCCUUAACAUUUGUGAGAUUCCUCUGUAUUAUUGUGCUGAUUGUGGAUCUCAUUCUCAUUGCAGAAUAAUGUUCUAUUGUGAGACUUAUUACAAUUUGUUCGUCCUAUUGUUGAUGGGCACUUCAGAACUUUCCAGUUUGGCGCUAUUACAAAUAGUGCAACUAUGAAUGUACUGCUUGUUACCAUCUUACUUGAGCCUUCAAUGGACUUAUUUCUUCAAGUCCUUCCAAAUAGUAUUAUAAGCAUUGAAAUUAUAGUUUCAGGCCAACUGUGGAUACCCUUACCCUUUCCUCCUUUAUCACAACCACCAUGAUAAUGGGUAAUUUCAAGUAUACUUAUAUCUAUAUUUCCUUAAAGUAAAUUUAAAACUUACCUAAGUGAUAUUUGUAGUUGAAGUAAUAGGAGCUCCCAGCUCUAAUAAAACAGCUAUCUCUUAACUUAUUUUAUUUCCAUCAUGUCAGAGCAGGUGAAGAGACAGAAGUGAAGAGUGACUAGUACAAAUCAUAAAAAGCCACUAGACUCUUCACUGUUAGCUUCUUAAAACAUCAGGCUCGCAUCCCUAUGGAGGAACAACUCUCCGGUGCCUGGAUCUCCUCUGUCUAUAAAUAUAAGAUUUUCUGGGCCUAAAGGAUAGAUCAAACUCAAAAUAGCAAUACCUCCCUAUCCCUAACACAUCCAGACAUCAUGAAUUUUACAUGGUACUCUUGUUGAAUUCUACAGGGCCUUCUGAUGUCUCUAAAACACUACCUAUUAUUUAGAGUUGUCACAUCAGAUAAGACAUAUCUCUAAUCCCAUCCAUAAAUCCAGUUCUACUGUGGCUGAGUUCUGGUCAAAGAAAGAAGGUUUAGAAGUUGAGACACAAAGGAUUGGGAGCUGAUGAAACUCACAAAUGACAGUAGGAAGAAGCUCUCAACAAUACCUGUUGGGAAGGAGUCUGCCUCCAUGCCAGUGUUCGAGUGGAUUGUAGGUGCAAAGUGGAAAGGAUGCUGUCCAAAGAAAACAGUCCUUGUUCCAGCCCUAUUCUGCCACUCCUGACAGGGUGACCUUGGGUAUUUGCUGUAUUCUUUUGGGCCUCUGCUUCUCUCACCUAAAAAACAAGAGAAUUAGAUUAUAUCAGUGGUUCUCAGCAAGAGAAGGAGUAUGUGUCCACUGCUGCCUUCCCAUGAAUCUGUCUCCCAGUUAUGAAUCAGUGGGCAGGAUAAUCUGAAAACUCCCAUUUAAGUGUCUGAGUCGAGUUAGACAAAAUUUUAGUCCAAAUAACAAGUACCAAAGUUUUAUCAAGUUUGGGUCUGUGCUGCUGUUACUAUUAACCAUUUAAGUGGGGCAAAACCUUGCUAAUUUUCUCAAAAGCAUUUAUCAUUCCUGUUGCCACAGAUGGAGUACUCAAACUAAAAGAUAUUUGUUACUUUGGAAAGAAGAAAGACUCUAUUCUCAAAGUUUGCUAAUCAGAAAUUUUUAUCAGUUUCAAGUCUCAAAAAUACAAAAUAAAAACAAACAUUUUUAAUACUA